CGAGCAUGGCCAUGAUGCAGGCAUCAGGGGGUCCCAGCCCCGGGCAGACUUGCGUGCUGAUCCUGAUCUUCACAGUGCUCCUGCAGGCGCUCUGUGUGGCUGUGACUUAUUUGUACUUCACCAACGAGCUGAAGCAGAGAAAGGCAAUUCAGCAGAUUUGUACAAGGAAAUAACAUCUCCUCAAUCUCAGCUGUCGAAAACAAAAACAAGAAAAGAAAAUUCCUGACCUUAAGUGGACCUACUGCUUUCCUUUGCAAGAUUAACCAGUUAUUAGCCUGAAGUCUUCUGGAUGGUUUGGGGUGUAUGUAUACAUGCAUGUUUGUGUGCACGCAUGCAUACGUGUGUGUGUGUGUGUGUGUGUGGGCGCAUGUGUGCUGAACAUCAAGCAAGGACUUUGUGGACAAUGAUCUGGCCCUUGUAAAUGUUUACUCUCGAUCAGAAGGAGGAAGCAAACCUUCAAAUGGUGUUUCAAGUCUCUGCAGGUAAGUCCCUAGCUGGUGUGGACAUUUAAUGAGACAAUGUUCAGAUGUCUAGCGGCAACGUGGUCCAGGUUCUGCCAUCCAGAGAAGUAGGAUUCACGACAAUAGCUAGAAUCUACUCAGACAGCCAAAGCUCAGCUCAAGAAACAGAACGUAUUCUGCACCCCAAAGCGUUUGACUAAUUUUUUAUUUAGAAUCCUGGAAUUUAAAUGAGCUCCACUGCUUACUUUGUACCUAGGUGGGUUUCCAGCUUUAGAAUGAGAUCCACAUCAUAUUAGAGCUCGAAGGAACCUCCAAGAUCACCACAGUAAACCAGGUCAAAACUCAAAUGAAGAACAGAUGCAGAAGAGAAGAAGCAAUUUGUUGAGGGACACACAGCUGUUUAAUGGCAAGGGGCAGUGAGGGGCAUUUUGCCGCAGGAUGGCUAACCCACACCUUAUCCUUUGUAGUAUGGUAUCCUACCAUACCCAACUGCUUACUUUUAUUCAAAGGACAAAGGACAGCGCGUGAACUUUCAUUUCAAGCUAUAAGCUUAUUCAAGAUGCAGAUCAAAUACUCCAAAAGUGGCAUUGCCUGUUUCUUAAAGGAAGAUGACAGCGAUUGGGACCCAAAUGACGAAGAGAGUAUGAACAGCCCCUGCUGGCAAGUCAAGUGGCAGCUGCGUCAGUUUGUUAGAAAGAUGAUUUUGAGAACCUAUGAGGAAUCCAUUCCUACAACUUCAGAAAAGCGACAAAAUAUUCCUCCCUUAGUAAGAGAAAGAGGUCUUCAGAGAGUAGCAGCUCACAUAACUGGGACCAGUCGGAGAAGAAGCACAGUCUCAAUUCCACGCUCCAAGAAUGAAAAAGCACUGGGCCAGAAAAUAAACGCCUGGGAGACAUCAAGAAAAGGACAUUCGUUCUUGAAUAAUUUACACUUGAGGAAUGGAGAGCUGGUUAUCCAUCAAACAGGGUUUUAUUACAUCUAUUCCCAAACAUACUUUCGAUUUCAGGAACCUGAGGAAAUUUUGGGAACAGUUGCAACAGAAGAGAACAGAAGGAAAAAUAAACAAAUGGUACAAUAUAUUUACAAAAGCACAGACUAUCCUGACCCUAUACUGCUGAUGAAAAGUGCUAGAAAUAGUUGUUGGUCUAAAGAUUCAGAAUACGGACUCUAUUCCAUCUAUCAAGGUGGAAUAUUUGAGCUUAAGGAAAAUGACAGAAUUUUUGUCUCUGUAACUAAUGAGCAAUUGAUUGACAUGGACCAAGAAGCCAGUUUCUUCGGGGCCUUUUUAAUCGGCUAAAUAAUCUGCAAGGAAAAAACAGUGCCCUCAAAAUGACAUUUAAUUUUCAGGGUGCUAUACUGUGAAAACACCCCGACAGCUGACAGAGUAAGGUGGCCCGAGCAAAGCAGCCUCAACCAAAGACUUUGCGAUAACGCUUUCGUAACAUCGCUAAAAAGUGACCAACUUAUUCCAGGAAAGUGAAAUUGCCAAAAGACCUUACAGGGCUCUACUUGAUAUCAGUUUGCUAGCUGAAAUCUAGAAGAUUCUGUUUCCGAGCACCUGUAUAGGAAUUAACAUCCUCUGUCUUUAUCAUCCACUCUUGUGAAGAUUCCGGAAGAAAGAGUAACCAUCCAUCUCUUAAGUGGUAUAUUACAUCUGUAGCUUCCAGGUUGCCAUAAAGGAAGAACGCUCUCAAAGCUGGAAAAAAACAGGGCACUGGUAAAACGUCACUGUCUUGGGAGCCAAUCCUCUGUCAGUAUCAGCAACGUGCAAAGGGAGUUUGUGUUGUGCACGACCUUGCAGGAGUCAUCUCAUAUACCUGGAUUUGGUGAAAUAACAAAAUUCCACUCGAAAUAGUAUCAUUUUGUUUAAAAAACAAAUUAAAGUUGUGUUCAGUGAACAACAAACUAUUUCUCAAUGGCUUGUGCUUUUCGCUACCAAAAGUCAAGCUGGCCAAAAGUACUGAAGAUAAUUUUCCCAAGUUAACAUCCGUUGCCAGUCUUCCUCUUUUUUUUGCUUGAGGAAGAUUAGUCCUGAGCUAACAUCUCUGCCAAUCUUCCUCUACUUUGUAUGCGGGAUACCUCCACAGCGUGGCUGAUGAGUGAAGUAGGUUUGCACCCAGGAUCCAAACCCGAGAACCCUGGGCUGCAGAAGCGGAGCACGUGGAACCACUCAGCCACAGGCCGGCCCCCUGAAGAUUUUUGAUAAAAGACUUUAUAAUGACUGAGCAGCUAAACAAAAAUCAGAGAAUUUAUCUCAGGUGAACAGGAGGAGAAGUGGGGAAAAAGGAAAUGACAAAUACAGGUAAAUCUGCAGAAAAUAGCUAAAGAUCCAUCCCCGCUCCUCCACCCCACCCCUACUCCUCUACUGCCAAGUGUCAAUAUCAAGUAUACAUCUGCUUAAAGGUGAGUCGUUUAUUUGCCCCAGCCAGAAGAACAGCAAUUACUUUUAUCUUCCAAAAUCAUGACACAAAACAUUUCAUUUCACUUUUUAACCAGUUGGAAAAACAAAAUUAGUCGAAGUAUUUAUCUAAUCUCUUCUAAUUGUUACUAAACACAGCAUAAUUUAUACUCUUUGGAUGUAUGCUCAAAUGUUCUUUUAAAUACCUCCUGAUCAAAUAUUGCUUUUUCAAAAACGCUCAUUCAAAUUUAAAUUUACAACCUACUACAGACACCUGGCACUUCUGACCCUCCUUACUCUAUUUUUUCCAUAACACUAAUCAAGCUUUACAUACUAACAAAUUACUCAUUUGUUAUUGUGUUUUUGAAAGCCUGUCUCCUCUUGUGAGAAUGUGAGCGAUGAUAGCAGAGAACAUUUAGUCCUGUUUACGUCUGUACUCCAGCACCAAGAACAGUACCUGAACAUAGAAUCCACGUAAAAUGUAUUUGUGAAUAAAUGAAUGAAUGAAUGAAUGAAUACCUAAUCAUAUGGAAAAAAGGAGAAAUGUCCCCUGCCUUACCCCUUACACUGAAAAAACUGGAGAAUUUCUAAAGUAAUCUCAACACAGGGAAGACUGUUUCAACCAAGAUUUAGAACGCAAAGUAAAAGACUGAAAUGGUUGGUGACAUGCAACUUAGGGAUAGCAGAAUUAAUUUUUACGUUAUAUUUUUAUAUUAAAAUUUUAAAAUGUGUUACUUCGUAAUAAAUAUGACAUUGUUAAAA